AUGUUUUCCUCGCCGACAGCGUUUGUGGCCCAGGCUGCGCUUCUGGGAGGUCUUCUCGUUCAAUCGGUCGACGCACAGUAUUACAAGAUUGGAACAAAGGAUGAGAUUAAGCAGUCGGCACGAACACUUGCGUAUGAUCUCAUGUUGCAAUAUGACGGUAACCAAACUGGCAUGAUUCCCGGUAUUCUGCCCGGUCCUCCAACAGAAUACAAGGGCGACUACUACUGGUGGGAAGGCGGAGCAAUGAUGGGAACAUAUAUCGAUUACUGGAAACUCACCGGCGACGAGAGCUACAACCACGUAGUGAUGGAGGGCAUGCUUCACCAGACAGGCGACGGCCACGAUUACAUGCCCAGCAACCACAGUGCAUCCCUCGGAAACGACGACCAAGGCUUCUGGGGCAUGUCCGCCAUGCUUGCAGCAGAGAACAAGUUUCCCAACCCACCCGACGACCAACCCCAAUGGCUCGCUCUCGCACAGGCUGUAUGGACGACACAGGCUAAGCCCGAGCGACACGAUGACGAGUGCAAUGGUGGAAUGCGAUGGCAGAUUCCCUUUACAAACUCUGGAUACGAUUACAAGAAUACCAUUGCCAACGGGUGCUUUUUCAACAUUGGCGCUCGUCUUGCGCGAUACACCGGCAAUGAAACGUAUGCGAAAUACGCUGAGGAGACGUGGGAGUGGCUCUGGAACGUCAACUACAUCGACCAUGAAAAGUGGCUCGUCUACGAUGGCGGACAUGUUGGAAAGAACUGUACCGACAUCAACAAGGCCACCUUCUCCUACAACGCCGCCAUUCUCAUUCAAGGCGCGGCUUUUAUGUACAACUUUACCAACGGUUCGACUACAUGGGAGGACCGCAUCGACAAGCUCCUCGACGCCACGCUCAAGAACUUCUUCCCCAAGGACAUCAUGUACGAAGUGCCCUGCGAGGGCCGCAAAGGCGCCUGCUCGACCGACAUGUUAUCUUUCAAGGGCUACGUGCACCGCUGGCUGGCCGUAACAACACAAGUCGCGCCUUUUACCGCAGAGCGCAUCCUCCCAGUGCUGCAGACAUCCACCGAAGCAGCGGUUAAGCAAUGCACGGGCGGAGACUCGGGUCGCAAAUGCGGUUUCUACUGGAGUGGCGGCGAAUUCGUGGACCCAGCUGUCGACGAGACGAGCGGUGCGGGCGAGCAGAUGAACGUGCUAGCAGCGGUGUCGAGUUUACUCAUCACAGACGCUGAACCGCCUGCGACGAAUAGCACGGGUGGUAUUUCCAAGGGCGAUCCCAAGGCUGGUGAGGAUUCGCAUGAUAAUCCGGAGCCGGAACCCAUCACGACGGCGGAUCGGGCGGGAGCGGGUAUCCUGACGUUCCUGGUGCUGGCGAGUGCGGUUGGAACGUUUGGAUGGAUGUGUUUUGAUUGA